AUGGUUGACAAGGGCUCCACUUCAGGGCGACUUGUGCUGCCCAUGGGCGACGACAUGCACACACACUUAAGGCAAGGGGAACUCAUGGAUGCUGUAGUUCCUCAUCUUCGCAAAGGAGGAUGUAACCGAGUCCUGGUGAUGCCCAACACAGUCCCCCCGAUUGUGACGUGCUCGCAGGCGCUCGAGUACAGAAACGAGCUGCUGAAGAGGGAUCCCAAAGUGAAUUACCUGAUGACGCUCUACCUGUGCCCUGAUGUCGAUCCCCAUGAUCUUGCUAAGAAUGCAAAGGCCUCGCACGUCGUUGGAGUGAAAUUGUAUCCGCGUGGUGUUACUACAAACUCGGAGGCUGGCGUGGAGGUCAGUGGUCCCUCCACUUCUGCGAAUGUUGUCUCGAACCUUUUAAUGCUGGGCUUACCGCCUGACUUGGGUGGCGAGAGACAGCCGAGUCGCAGCUUGAGUCAACAGUCUCCAUGGACGCAGGUGUGCAUCUUGGGCUAUCUGCAGGAUCUGACGGCGUUUGAUGGCGUGUUUGAAGCGCUCCAGCGGUGCGGAUUGAGCCUGCAUAUUCACGCAGAGUCUCCGACAGCUUCGGCACUCAAGGCGGAGGAAAUGUUCCUGCCGACUUUUGAACAAGUACACCAGCGCUUUCCCAAUUUAAAAAUUGUGUUUGAGCACAUCUCCACGGCUGCUGCGGUUGAAGCUGUAAAGGGAAAACAGAAUGUCGCGGCCACCAUCACUGCACACCACCUGCGGCUGACAACGGCUGACGUAUGGGGUCCAGAACACCUUUACAAGAGCUCUUUGGCGAGGGCCGAGGAAAGCCACGUGCUAAAUCCUCACAACUUUUGCAAGCCGUUAGCCAAGUGUGAAGAAGACCGUCAGGCACUCCUAAGCUACCUUGCCGACAUUUUUGCCCGCGAGGGAUGCCUAGAUAAGCUGAGGGGUUUCGCGUGUGAACACGCAGCAGCCUUCUUCGGGAUACCUAAGAAGGAAUUGGUGGAGGGGCAAGACUGCGUGGUGCUGGAACGGGCGCCUUUUGCGGUCCCGAAAGUCGUUUGCGGCGUGGAAGGGUCGGGCAACGAAGUGGUGCCUUUCCUCUCGGGUUCCGAGCUCCUCUUCACCGUCAAUGUUGUGCCCUUUUCUGCAUCAUUACAGUUGAUUCAAUAG